CAUAAAAAGUCAUACGUGCAAUCUUUGCGUGCAUUAAUUAAUUAAUGUAAUUAAUUUAGGUAUUAUACUACAUUAGCUGAUAAUGACUGUGGAGGAAGGUACAAGACCGAUCCCAAGUCGUUUUCAGAGGCACGCCAGUAUCCUUAUUUGGAAAUGUUAUUUACAACGACAACGGCGCUGGCGACUCCUCGUGGUCGAAGCUCUAUUCGCUGGAAUAGUGUUCCUCGCCGCGGUCUUUAUCGCAAAGCCAGUGUUCCUCACCCCUUUGCAGGCGGAACCUCAACCUCCACUCACGUCGGUGGAUAUCUACGCCUCGUUGCGAUCAGAUACUCUCCUCGGCUAUGCUCCCAACACCCAACCGUUUGUGGACAUCAUGGAACGUGCUGCGUUUCUACUGAAUACCGAAGUGAUGAACGCCGCCUCAGAGGACGAACUCAAUAACAUUCUGUAUAACCGGUCACAUGGUACACUGAUCCGACAUCCGGUUGUAUGGGUAAUAUGGAAACCUAAGAAAGGCAACACGUGGAGUGUCAGUAUACGCAGCUCUGAGCGCGCGCGGUAUGAGACGAGUGCGAGCGCCGUGGAGUACACCAAUCCUCACCUCCGCGCCGGCUUCUUGGCCGUGCAGCUUGCCGUCAGCAGAGCUGUUGUAGAGCAGUCUAGUACCAUACUGCCGAAUUUUGAGAUGAACCUGGUAUCCAUGCCGGUGUCGCCGCUCAUGGAAGAGAAUAAAGUGCGUAAGGCCCUUUCCGGCAUCCUGCUGUGCAUAACAGUCGCGCUAAUACCACCCGUGCUGGAGACAGAGGCUCUCGUGGUCAAGGAAACAUUUAGCAGGUUUAAGCGCGCUAUUUGCAUGCGCAAUGUCCUCUACUCGUCGAUGUACAUCGGGUGGCUGGCGUACGCGUUCCUGACGGUGUUGCCACUCUGUCUGCUAGCCGCCGUGGCCUUGAUUCUUAUCUUCCGCUGGAUCCAUCUGCUGUUUGCGCUGCUUGUGAUGCUUGCCUACGUGUCCGUCAUGAUGAUGCUGGCUCUCAUCAUGGCUAUGUUUCAUAGUAAAGCCUGGAUAGCGUGCGUAUGGACGACGCUCUUCACGCUGCUGCAGAUGUACCUUGCGGAGCUCUUGGUGCAUCAUCAUUACGACCUGCAGCACGGCGUCCUGACCUUUAUCCUCCACGUGGCGUUCCCUCCACUAGGACUGAUCAACGCGCUGAACCUCUUCGCGUUGCUGCAGACUGGCCGUAGCGGUAUCGAAGGUUACGACCUGUUGAUCACAGUUGUGACGUGGACACUGCUCAUCGUAUUUUAUUUCGGCAUUUUGAUGCUGCUGCAAAGGACAUUAGGUCAAGAGAGGGCCAUCGGUGGUCAAGUCUCCUGGAAGACCGUUGUUUUUAAGAAAGUUGAGGAUGUAAACACGCUACGGCGUAUAGAAACCCCGACUGGUAGAGAGCGCGAGAGGCUGCAAGAAGUUGAUGAGUUGGUGGCGAAGGCUAUUAGUUUUCGGAAUGUUUCGAAGUCCAUCAUGGGUGUUUCUGUGCUGAAAAACAUCACGAUGGACGUAUACCGCGGAGAAUUCACGUUGUUGUUCGCCGAGCGUAUACAAGAAAAGAUGGUGGUGUCUCUUGAGGAUCUGUUUACUGGUUUGACGUACCCGGACAAAGGCACAAUAAACGUUCUAGGUCGCAACCUAAAGCCGGGAGAUAACUUUAUGACUGAACCGCACAUGGUGGGCUUCUGCCACCGCUCCAGGGUCCUCGUCGAAGAUCUCACAGUUCAGGAUCAUUUCACGCUAUUUACAGAAAUUUGUCUAUGGCGCGAAUCAAAUCAGUACAUAUCGGAAUACGGACACAUUCGUUCGACGCGUCUGCUCAGUGAGUGUGAUUUGGAGAGCGUAAAGCACGAGCGUGUCAAGAAUUUGAGCAAUUACUAUAAGGCUCAACUUUGUUGGGCGAUUGCAAUGCUUAUGGAACCUAGGAUUGUAGUGAUGCCGAAUUUCACAGACCAACCCAGAUACAUAGCUGUCAUAAAAGAUAAAAUUAUGCAAUACAGGAAGUAUUUGACAAUAGUGAAAUUAACGUUUUCAAGUUCACAACUGGAGUACGCGGAUCGCGUGUUUUUGUUCGAUAAUAAAGUGUUAGUUUUUGGUGGAACUCCUGCUUAUUUGUUUUUCAAGUACGGUCGUGAAUAUAGAGUUCGUAUGACGCUCAGAAGCGAAGUCACCCUGGAUGAUGAUGGUAUAGCCGAGCUGUUACAGAAAGCAAAGGCGGUUGGAGCGACAGUACGCGCGCACCUGGGCUCUCUACUCAUUCUGCGGCUGCCGGCCAGUCCGACGGCAAACGUGGCCGCCUUCGUCAGGGAUAUCACGGACAACGCUAAUAGUUACGGAAUGACCUCUUUGAACAUCAGCCUCCCGGACCCUGAGGAAAUUUGUAGAAGGGCUAUGGCUGACACAAAGUCUGAUUAUAUUGAAGAUCCUACUUCAGAUGUAUCUAAGGAGGCGCUAAAGAAGAUCGCGGAACCAGUCCCUUGGAAAAGAGUCAAGACCAGUUUCGGUAACUUAACACUUUUGAGGAACGUGGCGUGGAAAUACUUUUCAUUCUACGUGCACUAUCGACUGUUCCUCAUAAUUACUCUAAUUUCGACGCUCCUGGCCGGUGCUUUCAUUGGCCUGUCACUGUCUUCGAUUCUCUCACAGUUGGGUCAGAGUCGUUCUGCCGAGACAACUUCGCUCGGAGAGAUUCUGACCGUGGAAGCGUUAGAGCAGCCAACCACGCUGGUCCUGCGUUCAGGCAAUACCUCAGAAGCACAAUCAAUCGCAAAUGCAUACGUUCUGUCGGAGCCUAAUGUGACUGAGAAAGAUGUGGAGAAAGUGUCAUAUACUGCAUUAUCUCAUACAGAGAGCCUGACGGAAUACCUGGUCACACGAGCUAUAGACUCCCCUCAGCAUUAUGUCUAUAUGUAUGCUUAUGGUAUGGAUGUGUCUAAAAGUAAAAAUGGCACCUUAAUCGUGCAAGCUCUAUACAGCCCAUUGCAUUUUGACAAUGCAGCUGCCGCCCGUUCAUUGGCGAGGGCCUACAUGGCCCUGUUACGUCACUACACUGGAGCCUUCGACGCUAGCAUACAGUUUACCGAUGACCCUCUAAUUCUAGACCUUACUCAUUGCAAGAGAUCCGCGAUGACUCCUCCCUUGCUAAUACAAUUUCUUUUGAUUCUGACUAUAUGUCACAUAACGCUUAUACCAUCGAGAGAAUACGGACUUGUGAGACAUAUGCAGAAACAUGCUAUGAAUUUUUCCCCUGCCCGGUAUUGGUUUAUGCUGUAUUUCUGCGACCUCAUCUUGUACUGGAUCCUGGUGGGUAUCAUGACAGUGGUUAUGAUAGUGAUUAUACAUCUCGUGGUACCAGGAGCCGAGUUCCACCAUGGAGAUCUUUUGGUGGUUCCAUUCAUGCUAAUUGUCUAUGGAAUUGGUUGCGUACCCCAGGCGUACAUCUUCAGCUUGGGGCGUCGAGUUACUCUCAAUUCUAUGACGUUUGUUAUAGUAAAUAUGAUUUUUGGAGAGACUACAAUAUUAGCGAAAAUAUUCUAUGGAAACGCAUUGAACUAUGCUUUACAAUUCUUGAGUCUCUCUCCACAAUUUAAUAUGGCCUAUGCUUUCGUGAAAAUAAAGCAGAUAUUUCUCUACAACAGCGAGUGCAUUAUAUUCAAAACGAAGAAUCUAUGUACAGAAAAGUCUCUGCAUAUAUGCUGUCAAAAGUGUGGUAUAUUUCAAGAGUGCUACUCUCGAAAGUCAUAUUUAUCAGCAGCACCAGGAAUCAUGAUGGAAGUAAUAGCGAUUCUAUCAACAGCUAUAAUGUUCACUACGAUACUGUUCCUCAUAGAGUACAAGAUAAUUCAGAGAAUUUGGAUCAGUCUUGUGUCGCUAAUGUACGCGCGUGAAUUGGAUUUCGACACGCUGAUGUUAGGGGCUGAUAGGGAGAAGAAGGAUGUAUUGGAUAAAAAAAGUCAAAUUAGAACUAAACGAUGUGAAAGAGUAGACACUUUCGGCGAAUACCUUUUAGCUGCGAACGUAAGUAAGAAGCACAUGGGUGUGUACACAGUCCGCGACGUGUUCCUGGGUUUGGGCAAAGGCGAGGCGCUGGCGAUCUCCGGCCUGAAGCGACACGGCAGACUUAAGCUAUGUGAAAUGCUGGCCGGGUACAAAUUACCCAGUGAUGGACGGAUAUGGUGCAUGUCCAAAUGGAGCUUGGACAUGAACCCACAUAAGUACGCUCGAAAUAUAUCAAUAAGUUGCCAGCGCGAGCCGCUGCCGUCCUGGAUGACUGUGUACGACGCUUUGGAGAUGAUCGCGAUGUUGCGCGGAGUGCCGCGGAAGCAUGUUCGUGACGAAAUACAACAGUAUAUCGAUGCUUUAGAGCUGAACCACCACGCCCACACUCAAGUUAGUCGCGUGCUCUCCAGCGACCUCACUCGCUUACAUUUCGUCACGGCUGUCAUUGGGGCUCCACCGAUCAUAAUCCUGGACGAGUGCACCGCCUACCAGAAGAUGUCGGUGCGAAGAGCGAUGUACUUCAUACUUUAUCAUUUGAGGAAACGAGGACAUGCGAUUUGCAUGAGCUCCAAUAGUGUUGAAAGUCACAUGCCAAUAACCAACCGUCUGGCGAUCAUGUUGGACGGGCGCAUCUUCGACAUCGACUCCAUCGACAACCUGGUGGAAAGGUACAGCAACAGGGGAUACACUGUGGUGGUGCAUCUCAAGGAUGAAGUGGAUAUACCGCAGUUGUUCUCCAGAUAUUUCAGGAGAUACGUCGUCAACGAUGUUUCUGAGGUCCUCAUUAACAUCCAAGUACUUGAUUCAGAUCUGAAUUGGUCGGCAAUAUUCGAAAAAAUGGAACAGCUUAAGGCAGAUACCCAUCAAGUGUAUUCUUAUAUUGUCUCUGCCACGCCUAUAGACUACAUUUACAACUCCAUCAUAAAUAACGAAAAGGGAAACAAAAUUGCCGAAGACAUAUUCUCUUGUAGACUUUUUAAAAAAAUAAUUUCUUCUACACCCAAAAGACGACCAAAGAAGGAAGUCGUUGACGCUCUGCUCCGUUUCGAGCAAAAGUAUUGUAUAACCAAGUUGAAAGAUUUGCCGUGGUCUAUUAUUUUCCAACGCUAAAACAAAUGAAUUGCAGUGUCUUCCAUGUUGUGUUAAGAUUUUAGACCUUACCUACAAGCGAAUAUUUUCGCUUUAAGGUGGUAGC